AUGUCCAAGUUCAAGACCCCCUUGGACUACUACCUGCACUGUUUGUCCGCCAAGCUUUCCGGCUUCACAGUGGCUGUGGCAGAGCUCGUUUCCGCCCCGCUCCCCGAGGAUCGGAAACGAUUGUGGAUCCUGGGAUCUGCUGCCUCUGACUACACAGCGCAGCAAUGGAAGGAAGAUGUUCUGGCCCUUGGAGAGCUACAGCUUCCAAGGCAUCACCUUCGCGGCUUCUUCAAGCUCUAUGGUCAAAAGGCCUCACAGGCGGAGCAAGGCGGACAGGAUUCUUCCAAACCUUCUUGGCAGCUGGAACAAAAGUAUGCUGCAUCCUUUUCUUCCUCAGUGGAGCAGGCUGUCAAUGCCGGGCGGCUGCCGAAGAACUUCACUCCACCCCCACGGCAUGCCAGACCAAGCUUGAAAUGGGGAGCAGGCCUCUCACCGUGGGCCCAGGCCAACUGUGAUGUCUACCAUGAGAUCUUGACACAGAUGGAGAAUGAUAUGAUUAAGGAACAUGGGCCCUUGCCGCGAACUCCGUUCCCCGUUGCCGACAUUGGUCAGAGCACGUUCAGGGGAGCUACAUCAUUGAGUGGCUUGUGGGGGACGAUGUGCACCAGUUCCAAACUCAUGCGCAUGGACACGUGGGAGAUUCUGGGCGGCAAGGGCGGGCUUGGCGUGCUGGGCAACAACAUGACAGACAAGAGUGUGCUCGGCCUUUCUGAAAGUGAGCUGUCCAGCUUAGCUGGGAAUGCAAUGGCAUUCACCCAGCUGGCCAGGGUCCUGCUGCCAGUUCUUGCUCAGUACUUGUCCAAGUGA